AUGGGGUCAUUACUUGAAGACGUCCUCACUAUUGAGGCCAAACCAUACCCGUUUACAUUUCCCCUGAGUCGAACGGCCCUCCUUGUGAUCGACAUGCAGAGGGAUUUUCUCCUUCCAUCUGGCUUUGGAGAGAUUCAAGGCGGGAAUCUAUCAGCCGUCCAGGCGUCAAUUGCCCCGACAAAGGCACUGCUCGAGGCAUGUCGGGAGGCAGGAAUGAAGAUCUUCCACACGAGAGAAGGCCACGUCCCAUCUCUGGCGGACUGCCCGUCGUCAAAGCUCAUCAGACAAGCGGCGUCUCCGUCUUCACAGCAUCUCAAAGUGAUUGGCGACAAAGGUGACAUGGGAAGAUUGCUCGUUCGAGGGGAGUACGGACACGACAUAGUUGACGAGCUCAAACCCUUACCUUCUGAAGUUGUGAUUGACAAGCCCGGGAAAGGCUCAUUCUGGAACACAGCCAUCUUGCAUAAGCUCAAAAGUUAUGGGAUUACCCAUCUUCUCAUCUCGGGAGUCACCACUGAAUGCUGUUUUGCAACGACCUUGAGAGAGGCAAAUGAUCGCGGGUUCGAGUGUGUUGGUAUUCGAGAGAGCACGGCAGGAUACAACCCGGAAUUCAAGACUGCCUCACUCGACAUGAUAAGUUGGUCAGAAGGCCUAUUUGGAUUUGUUGCCAACUUGCAGCCGGUUCUUGAUGUGCUGUCUCCGUGGAAGAAAGUGAACUCCGGGGAAAACACGCCGCCUCAGACGCCGCCUCCAUGGGAUGGUAAACUUGAGAUAUCUGAUUUAUUGGCAUCGUACAAAAAUGGGCUUUCUCCUGCGGUCAUGGUCAACGAACUUUUUGACCGUAUUGAAAAGUAUGAUACCGUGGAUUCAACAGUGUGGAUCAGGCGGGAACCACGAGAGGAUGUCCUGAGAAGAGUAGCGGAGCUGGUUGCACAGUUUCCAGACAGAAACGCCCUUCCCCCGCUGUUUGGUAUUCCCUUCACGGUGAAGGACUCCAUUGAUGUCCAGGGAAUCGAAACGACCACGGCAUGUCCUCCACUGGCCUUUGUGGCAUCCAAAUCCGCAGUCUGCUACCAGAAAGUCAUCGAUGCUGGAGCUAUUUACCUGGGAAAGGUCAACUUGGAUCAACUGGCCACCGGAUUAAGUGGCUGUCGAUCACCAUAUGGCAUUACACAUUCCGUCUUCAGCGAUGAAUACAUUUCUGGCGGUUCAAGCAGUGGAAGUGCAGUCUCGGUAGGGGCUGAUCUGGCAACCUUUUCAUUAGCGACAGAUACAGCUGGCUCUGGCCGGGUACCGUCUGGUUUCAAUGGCGUUGUAGGAUUCAAGCCAACGCGAGGACUCAUUUCUUUUGACGGGGUCACUCCUGCAUGCCUGUCCCUCGAUUGCGUUGCCCUUAUUGCAAAGAACGUCGAAGAUGCAAGAACCGUGUGGCAAGUAUGUGAAGGAUUUGAUCCUAAUGACCGGUAUGCCAGAGACACUUUCCCGGCUCCUCGACACGUAAACGCGACCGGACCGCAAAAGGACUCGUUUCGAUUCGGCAUUCCUCCUCCAGAAGCCCUCGAGAUAUGUACGCCCACGUAUCAUAGACUUUUCACCGAGGCUGUCCGUCGCUUACAGGCGAUGGGCGGUACCCUGGUCCCAAUCGACUGGGUUCCCUUCCAAAGAGCUGCAGAUCUGCUGUACGAAGGCACAUUUGUGUCCGAGAGAUUAGCCAGCUUACCAGACAAUUUUCUCGACAAGAACGCUCGACACCUUCAUCCUGUGAUUUUGAAAUUAUUCCGGCAGGUCGUAGAGCGACAGAGCACGGCGGUUCAGUUGUUUCGAGACCUUCACAACAAGGCGCUGUACACGCGUCAAGCCACCGCCCAAUUCACAUCGGCCGAUCAGCUUGGUAUUGAUGUCUUGGUGGUACCGACGGCUCCCGAACACCCAACAAUCGAGGCGAUGCUGGCAGACCCCAUCAAACUGAAUGCCAAGUUGGGCACAUUUACACAUUUCGGCAAUGUUCUCGAUCUCUGCGCGGUGGCUGUACCGUCAGGUUCAUUCCCAGCAAGUACGACAGAGCUACCGUUCAGCAUUACUUUUCUCGGUUGUCGUUGCUCCGACAGUGAAACGCUGACAGUGGCAUCCCGAUACCAGCGGCACGUCACGCGGCAGAUGUCCUGA